AUGUAUGAAGAGAAUUUACAGUUUUUAAAAAGCGAAAAGGAAACUCCUAGCGAUUCAUUGCGAUUAAAUUCCUCUAAGGAUCAAAUUCGUACCAUAAGUGUACUUCCUGCUGAUGAAUCAAAACGCUCAUUAUAUACGCUUCAUGAAGCAUUAAAAAGCUGCUCAAGCUUUAUUGAAGCAAAAAUUGUAGAAUAUCAGAAGUAUGUGGCAGAAACUUCAUCAAUAAUUUUCGUAACAAAUAUUUUACAAACUCAAAUCGCUUCCUGGGAAUUUUCAACUGAAUUAACUAAACUUUAUGGAAAAUUGGGUGUUCGUCGAACUGAAGAUUUUGAAGAAAAAAUUCGUGAAAUACGCGAAUCAGAAAAUGCGCGACAAGAGACAAAAGAGCUAAUCAAGAAGAUUGAAGAAGCAUUCGAACAGUGGGAUUUUUUUCUUAAAACUCUUGAUAUGGAACUUGAUAAUACGUUUGGCAUCGAAGUGGAGCCGAGAACAAAUUUCAAAAAACACCAUUCAAUACAAUCAUUCAUUAAAAAUAGCAAAUUUGCGAUGACACUUGUUAGCGUUGUCGCAUCAUUUUCAUCACAUUCAUCCGCUGAACGCAUAAUGCAGAUUUAUCAGAAUUUAGCUGAAUUUAAUAAAUAUGAUUGCGAUGUGUUAUUUCUAGCAAAGGAAAAUCUUGGAAGUGGAGGUGGCUUUCUGAAGAUAGUUGGUGUUCCCUUUCAACUCUUAAUGUCGGCACAAGAAUCUCCGCAGAACUUUCACCAUCUGCCAGCUAUUGAAAUUGCUGGUUCAAAAUCAAUACAUAUGUUCACUGAAUUGAUAUGUUCGGAUGAUACAGUUUCUAUAUCAGAUGGGCCAGAAGCAUUGGAAAAUGCAGCCGAUGCACUUCUUUCCUCUGUUGAUGGCAUUAUAUUGCUGGAUAAAGAAGGUGACAUAUUGUACGCAUAUACGGAUUCAGAAAGUGAUGUUUGGUCAGGUGUUGAAGCCAUAUUAGAAAUAGUAAGUUAA